UUGUAGUAUUGGUUAAGGAACGCUAAACUAAUACCUGAAAACAUUGAACAUGUUUCGCUCUGCUUACGAGAACGACGUGACUGUGUUUAGUCCACAGGGCCGGCUUCAUCAGGUGGAGUAUGCCAUGGAAGCUGUGAAGUUGGGAACCGUCACAGUAGGACUCAAGAGUGAGGAGUAUGCCGUGCUUAUCGCACUUAAUCGUCCGGACCCCCUAAUGGUCGAUUCUGAAAAUGGUCAACAGCGGAAGAUAAUGGCGAUCGAUAGCCACAUCGGCAUAUCGACAGCAGGCUUGAUGGCUGACGCGCGUCGAAUUACGAAGCACUUGCGCUCCGAUUGCUUGAGUUAUAACACCGCUUACCAAUCCUCAUAUCCCGUGGCCCGACUAUUCCAAAACUUGGGCAUCAAACUACAAUCGGGUACACAGACUUACGAUCGUCGCCCAUAUGGAGUGGGAAUUUUAGGAGCCGGCUACGAUGAUCAAGGUACACAUAUUUUCCAAGUAAUGCCGUCGGCCAAUGUUCUCAAUUGUAAGGCCAUGGCCAUUGGGGCCCGCUCUCAAGGUGCACGUUCCUACUUGGAGCGCCAUUUGAAAAGUUUCGCAGAUUGCACAAAGGACCAAUUAAUAUGCCAUGGCAUUCAAGCUAUUCGAGCUUCAAUGGGCUCCGAGGAGCCUGCCACUGAUUUGCAUAUUAAUGUUGCAAUUGUGGGUAAAAAUACACCUUUUAGAGCAUUAAGCGAUGCGGAGAAUCAACAAUACUAUGUCAUGGCAAAAGCCUCUGGGGCUCCACUUACAGCCACAGAUAAUAUUGAGGCUACUGAUUCAACCGAUCCACCUGAACCUUCCUCACCUAACGCAGAGGAAGGCACUGAGGGGAUUGAUAACAACGAUUUGCCUGACACCCCAUCUGACGGUGCAAAUCGUUGAAAUUGUGUCCAAGGGCAACAAAAAUGUUCAAAUUCUUCCAUGUUCUCAUUGUACUGCAUAAGAAAUUAAAAAUAAAAAUAGGCUUAAGUCCAUAUCGCUUAAAUAUGGUGAGAUGUCA